ACAGGCACACAGGGCACACAGAUGGACACAGGGACACACACAGGUAAGGGCACACACACGGACACACACAGACACAGGGGCACACACGUGGACACCCUGCUAUCAGGGGGAGACUAUUGGGCAUACCUCAAGUUGAUUUUGGGGGGGACCUAUAGAGAAACCAGGGGCGCAAGGUCAUAGGCUUCAAGCACAGAGCAGGGCACACCAGGCAGCACCCACUGGCCCUUGAAUGAGUCCAGGGAGCCCAUUGAUGCUGCCCAGUGAAGCUCUGCCCAGAGAUGUGGGUGCACAAGGGACAUGAAUGCAGCCCCGCCGUCCCCAGGAGUCCUCCCAGCCAGAGCCUUCUUUCUGGUCAGGUAUACUGCCAGCUUCGCUUGGGCCACUGUGUGACACAGGAGUCUGGGGCUGGGGCCACUGUGCGACACACUACACUGGGCAAGGUUGACCUGUGGUCUGAUGCAGUCAACAGCAGUUCUUAUGUUCUUAUUUUUCUACGGUCCGAAAAGGGGUAGGAACCGAGAGUUGGCAUUUUCUGAGGGGCGCAUUGAGCCUAUCAAAAGGUGUCUCAGAUUUGUGGAGGGAUGCCUUGAUUCCACACAGGUUGAGAACCACUGGUUUAACUGCUAAAAUGUGCUCUCCUGGCACUAGAACCGCCUCAACAACGCAGGUCACUGAGCUUUACCCCUUGCUCAAGAUUGGGAGUCUGAAGGAUAAUGUGACUUGUGACCAAAGAAUUGCAAAUGGCAACAUCCAAGUGCUAUAAUGUUUGUUUUUUUUAAAUUCCAAAUUCUUCGCAACAGAAGAAUCACUCUGUUCUUUUUGAGAAUGGAGGGAUGGUCUUUUCUGAGAGGUGCCCUGAGUCUAUCAAAAGGGGCCUUGACUCUGUAGAGGGCUGCCUUGAAUCUAAAUAGUUUGAGACCAUAAAAAACCCCCAAAACAAAAACAAAACUAUAUAAAAGCACUUGGAUGUUGGUGCUUCAGAUUUACUACUCAUUUAUUUUCUUCAUUUGAGCAAUUAUUGUCUGAGGGUUGACUGAACUGCACCAGUCCAAAGCUGCAUACUUAGGUGAUGCUUUCCAGCUGGGUAGGGUCAUGACUGCUAAUCUGGUUGCAGACAUAAAGUGAGGCGAAGGGAAAUGAAAAGAUGUGCCUGGUGUCCACACAACUACUGUGGGGGCAUGGGCAACUGAUGCCUCCUGAGUCUGGGGCGGCACCUGCAGAAGCAGGUAUGGAGCUGGUGAGCACCCACAGAUACCGCUGGUGGCAUUGGUGGCAGGGCUGGCCCUGUCAGGGGGAUCAUGUGGCCUCCCCUCUCCCCGCCCCCGGUGAUUCCCCUACCAGUCGCCUAUAUGUGGGGGGAAGAAAAAAAUAUUUAAGGGGUAGCAAUGUUAGAUGGGUGUCAUCUGUUUGAACACUAGACUCAGCUCUGAGUCUUUUGCUGGGCCUGGAGGUCUGGACGUGCACAGAUAAGGAGCACUUGCUGUUACCAAUGAGUAUUCUUGUGAGAUUUUGAGUUUUUAAGAAAUGGCAGAAUUUUAAAAUUACACUUCUUAUUCUGAGUCCAGUGUUAGAAACAGCCAGCUUGGUGAAAGGGAAGUAAUUAGUGGCAGUAGCAAAAUAAGAGCUGCAAAGAAUGUAAGCCUGGUUUUGACCUGUUUUACUAAUGAUUAAACCUGCAGAAGAAAAGCUAAUGUUUACUAUUUAAGCCUUAGUUGAAAUGCUAGAGGAUUUCUGACUGUGAAAAUGACAGUAAAGCAGGAUGAAAGUUCAUUUCCUAACUUAUUUUUGUGUAGAUCAUGGAAAAUCCCCCAUCAUUUUCCUCCCUCUGUAUGUCUCUUUUUUUUUUUGUUUCUUUUGGUUUCCCUUCUUCAUUAUUUCUCCUGCCACGUUUUUCCAUCAACAAUUACAUUUAUAUCUGAAAAUAAUUCCAGCUGGUCCUGUAUCCUAGGUGUUGCCCUGACUAAUUAACCAUGCCAAGUGAUGCUAAGAAAAAGGGCUAAUGAACACACGGUACUAUUGAUGGCCGAAGUGAGUCCAAUGGAUCUUUGGGCCACCCCGGUCGGGUGGCCAAUGGUGGUACCGGCGUCCGGCUGGUGGCCAGACAGUUUUGUCUCAGCAGCAUGCCUCAGAAUACCUGGUUAGGAAACGCAGAGCAAAUUCUUUUAUGGAAGAAAGUAAGAAGGGAAAUUUAGAAAGAGAAUGUGUUGAAGAACUAUGCAAUAAAGAAGAAGCCCGCGAAAUCUUUGAAAAUGAUCCUGAAACGGAAUACUUUUACCCAAAAUAUAUACGCUGCCUCACCUACACCCGACUAGGGAUCUCAAGUGUUUCUGUGAUGUCUCCAGAUUCUUCAAGUGACCUGAGGACUUGUGUCACUGAAAUUUCAAAUCAAUGUACCCCUCUGCCAUGCAAUGAAAAUGGAUACACAAAGUGCAUAGAUGGGAAAGCUGCAUACACCUGUGUUUGUAAACAAGGAUGGCAAGGAGAGAGAUGUGAAGAAGAUAUAGAUGAAUGUCAAGAUCAAGAAAAUAUAAACGGAGGGUGUAGUCAAACAUGUAUUAAUUUGCAUGGAAGCUACCGCUGUUUCUGUGAAGAUGGUUAUUACAUGCUUCCAAAUAAGAAGGACUGCAGAGACUGGGAUGAAUGUAUGUUACGGCCAAACAUCUGUGGAACAGCCAAGUGCCAGAACACGCCUGGAAAAUAUGAAUGUGUAUGUGCGGAGGGCUUCAGAUAUAAUUCAACUACAAAGAACUGUGAAGAUGUGGACGAAUGUGCUGAAAACAUUUGUGCUCAAAUGUGUGUAAAUUACAAAGGAAGCUAUGCCUGCCAUUGUGAUGGUCAUAAAGGGUUCAAGCUCUCUCAAGACAUGAAGACUUGUGAGGCUGUUCCAGUUUGCCUCCCGCUGAACCUUGAGCCGAAUUAUCAGUUGCUUUACCUGGCAGAGCAAACAACAGAAAAUGCUGUUCUGCAUUUAAGGUUUAAAUUGCCAAAUGCCAGCAGAUUUUCAGCAGAAUUUGAUUUCCGGACAUAUGACAACGAGGGUGUUAUACUAUAUGCUGAAUCCUCCAACAACACAGGAUGGUUCUUGCUUGCACUUCGGGAUGGAAAGAUUGAGAUUCAAUUCAAGAAUGAACAUGGAACAAAAGUCACAAGUGGUGGCAAAGCCAUUAAUGAUGGUGUGUGGCAAACAAUCUCAGUGGAAGAACUAGAACACAGUAUCUGUGUUAAAAUAGCAAGGGAAGCAGUGAUGAGUAUUAAGAGCCCUGGGAAUCUUUUUAAACAAAUAAAUGGUUCACUGGAAAUCAAGGUGUAUGUUGCAGGGUUACCUCCCAAAGUGGGCAACACCCUCAUUAAGCAGAUUAACCCUCGCGUAGAUGGGUGUGCUCGGGCCUUGAAUCUGAUGAGUCAGGGACAUUUAGGCUUAACAGAAGUUAUUAAAAAAACACAAAUCAAACGCUGUUUACCAUCUGUGGGGAAAGGAUCCUACUACCCUGGCACUGGAGUGGCAAAGUUUCAUAUAAACUAUAACAAUGAUACUAACACUGGAGAGUGGGUUAUAAAUGUAGCCCUGAACAUUCGCCCAUCCAAAGGCACUGGGGUCAUGUUUGCCUUGGUUUCUGGUGAAUCAGUGCCUCUUGCUUUGUCUAUCGUGGACUCCAGCUCCUCCAACUCACAGGCCAUCAUUGUGACUAUUGGGAAUAUCAUUAUUGCCCGGCUGGAAUCGAAGAGAUUUUGCACUACCAGAAGGACACUGGUAGGAUUCAGUGCAAGCAAACAGCAGAUUGAACUGUCCGUUGAUUCACAAACAGAUGUAACGAAUUCAGAGCAAGAGCUGUCUAUCCUGGAUCAAGCAAUGAGAGGAACUGUUGCUGUUUACACCUACUUAGGUGGUCUUCCAGAUCUUCCCCUUGGUAUAACACCACUAACAGUCUUUUAUAACGGCUGCAUGGAGGCGAAGGUUAACAGCAAAGAACUGGAUCUGGAUCAAGCUGCCUAUAAACACAGUGACAUUAGAUCACAUUCAUGUCCACAAGUAAUCGGAGAAGAUCAAUUCUUUAAGUAACUCUCUUCCUUUAGAUAUAAUUUCUGUAAUUAGUCUCAUUCAUCUCACAUACCAUUUUAUUCAAGAUGUGCCAGGAUACCAGAUCAUCUGGAAUGUUCUUCUCCCCUUCAUGUACCGUGGAAAGGAAAAAAACCCUCUCUUUUCAGAGAUAAUGGGAAAGAAUACAGAUUGCAUUCUUGUUCAAAUGA